AUGGAACAGCUGACCAAUUCCUUAGCUACUGUGGGCCAUGACAACAUCGUGCAUGCCGUCGUCGUUGCCCCGGACAGCGAGUGGAUCGCGAGUGGGUCAGAGGAUAACACCAUCAUCGUCUGGGACUCGGACGGACAGCUGUGCCAUGAAUGGGUGGCUCACCACGGCCAAGUCUAUUCUCUUGCAUUCUCCCCGGACAGCCGAUUCCUUGCGUCUGCUGGCCGCGACAGGAAUGUGGUCGUCUGGGAUCUGAACCAAGAUGCACGUCGAGUCGCGGUACUCGAAGGGCACACGGACGAAAUCAACAGCUGCGCCUGGUCUCCGGACGGCACCACGAUUGCAUCCGGGGGACGCGACAAAUCAGUUCGUCUCUGGGACACGAAUACAUUCCGGCAGCUCCAUCUCUUCGAUGGCGCGCACCAGAGCAACGUUCGUGUUGUUCGCUUCUCUCCCGACGGUCGCUGGCUCGCUUCGGGAGGCAGGGAUCACUAUUGCUGUAUAUGGGAUGUCUCGUCGGGCAUGGUCCUGCAGGGGUAUACAAGUGCGCUCGGUGCCGCCGCGUUUGACCCUGGGAGCACACGCCUCGCCACCGCGUCCGGCGACCGCACAGUGCGGAUUUGGGGUGUGGAGACGGGAGAGCCGAUUUGCGUCUUACAGGAGCACGCAAGAGGUGUCCAGGAUGUGGAUUUCUCUCCAGAUGGCAGCUUGUUACUGUCUGCGUCGAUGGCAAAGACAGUGACGAUUUGGGACGCAUCCACCGGUGUCAUGAUCAUGUCACUGGAGGGACACACCGACAACGUCCUGGCAGCGCGGUUCUCUCCAUGUGGGAGGUACAUCGCAUCAGCAUCCAAAGACAGGACAGUGGGGUUGUGGAGGACAAGUGAUGGGUCGCGUGUAGCGACAUUCUCCGAACAUCAUGCAGAGGUAAGGCACGUAGCUUUCUCCCCGGACGGUCAGACGCUGUCGUCUGGAGCGAAUGAUGGGACUGUCUUCAUUAGACGAUUGGCCAACGUUAUUCCAGACGAUUAG